AUGUCGUCAGAGGACAAGCGCCGUUUGCUGCAACCAGAAGUUCCAGCUGCAACCGAACAAGUACCGCAGGUGUAUCGGUCACUGAACUUUCGAAGUCUGCAAGACCCAUACUCGAAUCGUAGUGGAGAGACUAUGGCUAGCCACUAUAGUACGUUGCGCACUGACAACUUGGAAUCGAUGCUUGAUGGAGGUCUCGAAAAGUUUUAUAAAAAAUUUAACCACUUGUCGCGCAAAAUUAAUCUUCAGCUGCCUACACCCGAGGUGCGAUUUCAGGACUUGUCAUUUUCUGUGCAAGUGCCGGCGAGCGUGGGUGGUCACAGUACGGUUGGAUCACACCUCGCAUCAAUAUUUAAGCCAUGGGAGAAAAUGCCUACGGUAACCAAACAUGCCCUCCAUCCAAUGACUGGGAUUAUCAAGCCCGGAUCAAUGACGCUGAUUCUAGCAAAUCCUGGGGCUGGCAAGUCGACGUUUUUAAAAGCAAUGGCCGGUAAAUUACAAAACAAUAAACAGACGGAGAUUGGUGGCGAAAUAUUGUAUUCUGGAUUAAGAGGUGACGAGAUCGACCUGAUCAAGCUGGUGGGUCUUGUCGAUCAGACCGAUAAUCAUAUUCCAACGCUCAGUGUUCGCGAGACGUUUAAGUUUGCUGACAUGUGUGUAAACGGCCGUCCCGAAGAUCAACCGGAGGAGAUGCGUGACAUCGCUGCACUUCGUACGGAGCUCUUUAUUGAGAUUUUGGGUCUUGAAAAUUGUGCGGAUACAGUCGUCGGUGACGCUUUGUUGCGAGGAGUAAGUGGUGGUGAACGUAAGCGAGUGACUGUUGGAGAAGUUUUAGUUGGUGGUCAGAGCUUGUUCCUUUGCGACGAGAUUUCGACGGGUCUCGACAGUGCCGCCACUUUUGACAUUGUCAAGUCCAUGCGUACAUGGUGCAAGACAUUGGGUGGAUCUGUGAUUGUGGCCUUACUGCAACCAACACCUGAAGUAGUCGAAAUGUUCGAUGAUAUCUUAAUGGUCCACGAAGGUCACAUGGUAUAUCACGGACCGCGGACAGAGAUUCUGGACUAUUUUGAAAAGCUUGGCUUUACCUGUCCGCCGCGGGUCGAUCCUGCUGAUUUUUUAAUCGAAGUUACGUCGGGGCGAGGCACACGCUAUGCCAACGGAAAUGUAGAUACCAGGAGUCUGCCUGUUACGGCCGAAGAGCUUAAUAAUCUUUUUUGUCAGUCAGAAAUAUAUCAAAAGACUCACGAAGCUAUCAGCAGAGGGUUUAAUGAACAUCAAUUUGAAAACGCCGAAGAUUUUGCCAAGGCCAAAAGUGUUGCUAAUCUGGCGCGUUCAAAGCAAAGUUCGGAAUUUGGCUUGGCUUUCAUUCCCAGUACGUUGUUGCUGUUAAACCGUCAAAAGUUAAUUUGGUUGCGAGACCCGCCACUUCUGUGGGGAAAGUUGCUCGAAGCUCUUAUCAUCGGUCUUGUCAUGGGCAUGAUAUACUAUAAUGUGAGUUCGGCGUACUAUUUGCGCAUGAUCUUCUUCAGUAUAGCUCUUUUCCAACGUCAAGCGUGGCAGCAAAUUACCAUUUCGUUUCAGCUGCGCAAAGUUUUCUACAAGCAACGACCUCGUAAUUUUUUUCGAACUACCUCUUAUGCUAUUGCUGAGAGUGUCGUGCAGAUUCCGGUAAAUGUGGCUGUCUCUUUCGUCCUUAGUACUUUUUUCUACUUCAUGAGUGGUUUAACGCGGACGUUCGAGAAAUAUAUUGUAUUUUACUUGGUGCUGCUGUGUUUUCAACACGCUAUUAGUGCGUACAUGACAAUGUUAAGUGCAUUGUCGCCGAGCAUCACGGUUGGUCAGGCUCUUGCUUCUAUCUCAGUUAGUUUUUUUCUCUUGUUCUCUGGUAACAUUAUCCUAGCUGACCUUAUCCCGGACUAUUGGAUUUGGAUGUACUGGUUUUCUCCUAUAUCGUGGGCGCUGCGGAGUAACAUGUUGUCAGAAUUUUCGAGUGAUCGCUACACAGCUGCUCAAAGCAAGAAGUUUUUGGACAGCUUUUCCAUAAAGCAGGGCACGGAGUAUAUUUGGUUUGGAGUUGGGGUCCUCAUUGCCUAUUACUUUUUAUUCACGACGCUUAACGGUCUGGCAUUACACUACAUUCGCUAUGAGAAAUACAAAGGGGUUAGUGUGAAGACCAUGACCGAUAAUACAGCUAGUGACGAGGUAUACGUUGAAGUAGGAACCCCAAAUGUUCCUAACGGCGGUGUUGUCAAGAGCGGUGGUUUGCCGUUCACGCCGUCCAAUUUGUGUAUUAAGGACCUUGAAUACUACGUGACACUGCCGUCAGGUGAAGAAAAGCAGCUUCUACGUGGCAUUACGGCACAUUUUGAGCCUGGACGUAUGGUUGCAUUAAUGGGUGCAACAGGAGCCGGCAAAACGACCCUGAUGGAUGUGAUUGCUGGUCGGAAGACUGGUGGCCGCAUUGUUGGCGACAUUAUUGUGAAUGGCGAAUUAAAGAAUCCAGCUAAUUUCAGUCGCAUCACGGCAUACUGUGAGCAGAUGGACAUUCAUUCAGAAGCCGCUUCUAUUUAUGAAGCACUUGUAUUCUCUGCGAACUUGCGACUUCCACCCUCUUUUACAAAAGAAGAGAGGAUGAACUUAGUAAACGAAACUCUGGAAUUGUUAGAACUAAAUUUAAUUUCUGAUGCUAUGGUUGGUAGCCUAUCAGUUGAGCAGAAAAAGCGUGUUACCAUCGGCGUCGAAGUGGUUUCUAAUCCGAGUAUUUUAUUUCUUGACGAGCCUACAAGUGGCCUUGACGCACGUUCUGCUUUAAUUGUCAUGCGAGGGGUCCAGUCGAUCGCGCGAACGGGUCGCACGGUCUUGUGUACGAUCCAUCAGCCGAGCAUUUCGAUUUUUGAACUCUUUGAUGACUUGUUACUUUUACAACGUGGUGGUUACACUGCUUACUUUGGUGAUUUGGGCGUCGACUCUGUAAAGAUGCUUGAAUACUUUGCUAUGAUACCCGGUACGGCUGAGAUCCGGCCGCAGUAUAAUCCGGCUACGUACAUGUUGGAAGUGAUUGGUGCCGGAAUUGGUCGUGACGUCAAGGAUUACUCAGUCGAAUACAAGAAUAGUGCAUUAUACAGGUCAAAUCGCGAGCGUACACUUCAGCUAGCCGAGGUUUCGGACGAUUUCGUUCGUCAUUCAACACUUAAUUAUCGACCCAUAGCAACGGGAUUUUGGAAUCAAUUGAAGGAACUCACAAAGAAGCAACAGCUUACGUAUUAUCGCAAUCCACAAUACAACUUUAUGAGACUGUUUCUCUUUCCAUUGUUUGCUGUCAUCUUCGGCACGACAUUUUACCAACUUUCAGCUGACAGCGUCAAGCGUAUCAAUUCCCACAUUGGUCUCAUCUACAAUAGCAUGGACUUUAUCGGUGUGAUUAAUCUAAUGACCGUGCUUGAGGUCACGUGUGCUGAGCGUGCCGUGUUUUAUCGCGAACGAAUGUCGAACUAUUAUGGACCUCUACCAUAUAGUCUUUCGCUUUGGUUUGCUGAGGUGCCGUACCUGGUUAUCGUGAACAUUCUGUUUGUGACUAUCGAGUAUUGGCUUGUGGGAUGGAGCAACAAUGCAGAAGACUUUUUUCUCUUCUUGUUUGUAUUUUACCUUUAUACUUCAGCCUGUACGUAUGUGGGUCAGUGGAUGUCUGCUUUAAUGCCAAAUGAAAAGGUGGCAAACGUGGCAGUGGGGGCUUUGUCAUGCUUGUUUAAUUUAUUCUCGGGCUUUCUGUUGCCUCGAACUGCUAUGAAAGCUGGUUAUAAGUGGUUUCAGUAUCUUAUGCCAUCGUAUUAUUCGCUUUCUGCGUUGGCUGGCAUUCAAUUUGGGACUAGUCAAGACAUUAUUGCUGUGACAGCAAACAACUCAACCAAGCAAAUGACAAUUGAAGAUUACAUUGCGAACAUUUACGACUUCCGUCCCGAUAGCAAAUACAAUUUCGUUGGAGCUUUAGUUGUAGUUUGGGUUGUUGUGCAGCUCGCCAUUUAUCUUACAUUUAAAUACGUGAGUCAUUUGAAGAGGUAA